AUGCAAUUAGAUGCAGAGCAGAAACUGCACACAAGUGAACAAAAGAUGCAGGAGUUUUUACACCAGAAGACAGAGCUUGAAGAACAGGUCAUAGAACUGAUUCGUUCAUCGGGAGAUAGCUCUGAGCAGAGAAACCUACUAAACCAGGAGCUUAAAGAGAAACAGGAGUUACACGAAGAAUUACAAAAGACACAAGAAAACAUCUCUAAACUUACUAAUACGUUAGCUGGUCAAGAACAUCUAGUUACCAUAAAGGAAGCAGAGCGGGAAGAGUUGUGGCAACAGCUGGAGAAGAGCAAAUCUCAGGUUACCCAGUCACAAGCUGAAUUGAAAGAAUUGCAGCUUUGCAUGGAAAGGCUGCAGGCACAGACGUCCACAUCAACUGAGACUCUGGAAAUUAAAGUUCGUGAACUUCAGAAGGAAAUAGAACAAGUACUUCAGGAUAAAGAAGAAUUGUCGAACCAGUACCAAGCUUCAGAGGAAACUCGGGUCAAAUUGGAGAAAAACUUGGAGCAGAUCAUGAAAGAGAAACAAGAGCAUCAAGCUACAGUUUCUGACCGGGAUGCUCAAGUGGCUCAGCUAAAGGCAGAAGUGGACAGACUUCAAACAGAGUUUGCUAAGCACAGAGAGGAGUUGCAGCAGAAGCUAGCUGUAACGGAACUAGAAUCUCAAGCUAUGCAGGAUCUGCAUAAUCAGUUCAAUCUGCAGCAAGAUGCCCUCAGCGAACUACAGAAAGAACUGCUUCGUGUUGAAGUUGAGCGAGAUGAACUCUAUCGAGAGGUUCUUACUCUACGAGAGAUACAAGAAGAAAGGAACCAGCUGGAAAACAGGUCCACUACCCUCGAGCAACAAUUAGAAGAUUUAAAACAAAGAGAGUCCAAACUUGUAAAUGACUUUAAUGAUGAACGAGAUAUGCUUAAAAAGAUGGUGUACUCAACUCAGUCUCUUCUGGAGGAGCGAGAAAAUGAUAUAUAAAGAAAGAUCAAGAGCUGGUAGUUUUGCGUGAACAAGAUUCUCAGCUGCAGAACAGCAAGAUUCUGUUACAGAAUGUAGAACGAGAAAAGAAACAGUUAGAGAAAAAAGUUAUGGAGAUCCAAAUGACAUUGGCCAAUUCACAGUCUAAUGAUAAGGUGGAAGGAUCAGAAUCUAAGAAAAUCCAAGAAGAUAAAGAAGCUUUGGAAGUACAGAUAGAGUUUUUGAACUCUGUGAUUGUGGACGUGCAAAGGAAGAAUGAUGAAUUAAAAUCCAAAUUAAAGAUCCUAGAAACUGGAGAAAUUCAGGAUGAUGGAGAUCUGAAUUUAAAUGGAAUCAAAGCAGUAAUCCCUCCACGGUUAUUUUGUGACAUCUGCGACAUCUUUGAUCUCCACGACACAGAAGACUGCCCUCAGCAAGUUAUGGAAGAGGUUUCACACUCACAACACCACGGUGAAAGACACCAGGAACGGCCAUACUGUGAGAACUGUGAAGUGUUCGGACACUGGCAAAGAGAAUGUGACAGUAAUGAAACUUUUUAGCUCGGAAAUCAAUAAAUCUUGCUGGUCACAAAACCUAUUUCAUGUUUUAUGUUAAUAAAUUUUGCCACCCUUUUAUUUGUAACUGCAAGGUUGUGAUGUGUUUUUUGUAAUUAAAACAAGACAAUUGUGAUAAAGCUGUCGUAUAUACAUUUGAUAUAAUAAAUCAAAAAUAAUGUUUCAGAGGUUAA